AUGGCUGCUGUCUUUUUCGUUUUACAUUCCCCUACGACCAUCCAAAGUCAUCGAUUGGUUCACUUGAAGUCAGUCAGCUUGUUACAUCGCCUAUACACUACAAGGCCGGAAUCAUCUCAGCUUGGUGUUGCUUUUAAUACUUUGCGUAUUGGGAUCCCCAAAGAAUCUUUCAUAGAUGAAAAGCGCGUUUCAAUUACCCCCCAAACUGCCAACCUGUUUUCAAAAUGUGGCUUCAACGUUUUCGUUCAAACUGGUGCCGGUGUUAACUCUAAUUUCUUAGAUUCGGAUUAUAUAAAGGCUGGGGCUAAAAUAGUCACAGACAGUGUAGAAAGUUUGUAUAAUCAAAGUGACAUUAUCUUGAAAAUACGACCACCUACGCUGGACUCACUUCCUAACCUAUCAGCUGAAGUCAGUAUGCUGAGACCUAACAGCACUUUAAUUAGUUUGAUUUACCCUGCCAAAAAUCAAUCGUUAAUUGAAACACUAAGUAAGAAAAAGGUGAAUCUGUUAGCUCUUGACUGUAUACCACGGAUAAGUCGGGCACAAUCAUUUGAUGUCUUAUCUUCAAUGGCUAACAUCUCUGGGUAUAAAGGUAUAAUUGAGGCUGCUGGAUUGUUCAAUCGAUUUUUCGCAGGUCAGAUUACAGCUGCUGGUAGAAUUCCACCUGCAAAAGUAUUAGUUAUUGGGGGCGGUGUAGCAGGUUUAUCAGCUGUUAGUACAGCAAAAAGUCUUGGUGCUAUUGUACGAGCUUUUGAUACACGUGAAGCAGUUCGUGAACAAGUUGAAUCAUUUGGUGCAGAAUUUUUAACUGUAAAUAUACAAGAGUCCGGGGAAGGAGGGGGUGGAUAUGCUAAAGAAAUGUCUCAAAAAUAUCUUGAAGCAGAAAUGGAAUUAUUCGCAAAACAAGCCAAAGAAGUAGACAUCAUUAUUACCAGUGCUUUAAUCCCAGGAAAACCAGCGCCAAAACUUAUAACUAAGGAUAUGGUAGAAUCCAUGCGUCCGGGGUCAGUUAUUGUCGACUUGGCUUCAGAGUCUGGAGGAAAUGUAGAAACAACAGUACCAGGCAAAUUAACAUAUCAUCAUAAUGUUGCUCAUAUUGGUUAUACUGAUCUACCCAGUCGAUUACCAGGUCAAGCAUCAACUUUAUUUUCAAAUAAUGUAGCAAACUACCUAUUAUCAAUGACUCCUCCUGGAUCGAAAGACCGAUUUUAUCUUAACUUAGAAGAUGAUGUAAUUCGUGAUAGCCUUAUAUUAUAUAAUGGAGAACUUAUGUGGCCUCCACCUGUACGUUCUCAACCGCAAUCACCAUCAAAAUUAAUUAGUAGUAAACAAAUAAGUAAAGCUGGAAGCAGUGUAGCAUUGCAACCUGAAGAUUCCUCAUCUGUCUUUAAAAAUAAACUUCGUUCCGCUAUAUCGACGUCGGUUUGCUUAAGUGGUUUAGUUGGACUAGGUCUUUAUUCACCUUCUUCAGCAUUUACUACUAUGUUAACAACAUUCGGCCUUUCGAGUAUUGUAGGUUAUCAUACAGUCUGGGGAGUAACUUCAGCACUUCAUUCUCCACUGAUGUCUGUUACUAAUGCUAUAUCCGGUAUUACAGCAGUUGGAGGUUUACUUCUAAUGGGUGGUGGUUUCUAUCCAUCUAGUGUGCCUGAGAGUUUGGCAGCAUCAGCUACUCUUUUGUCAGCGAUCAAUAUUGGUGGCGGUUUUGUUGUUACUCAAAGAAUGUUGAAUAUGUUUAAACGUCCCACUGACUUACCAGAAUACAAUUAUUUACUUACCAUUCCAGCGGCUGGACUAUUAGGCGUUUAUGGAUAUGGUAUUUUAAAUCUGCCUCCAUCAUUAUUAACUGAUAUGCAUCAAACUACAUACUUAGCCUCUUCACUUUGCUGCAUUGGUGCAUUGACUGCUUUAUCCAGUCAAAAACGUUGUCGUGUUGGUAAUGCUUUGGGUAUGAUUGGUGUAACAAGUGGAGUAAUAUCUACUCUAGGACUUAUACAGCCAAAUUUGGAAUUACUUACUCAAAUGGGAGCAUGUUUAACUGGUGGAUCAUUAAUAGGUUCCAUUGCUGCUAAACGUAUUCAAGUUACAGAUCUACCACAGAUGGUUGCAUUAUUUCAUAGUCUAGUCGGUGCCGCUGCUGUACUUACAUGUAUUGCAAACUAUAUGGUUGAAAUGCCUCAUUUAAUUUCGGAUCCGAAUUGCUAUGGUGCAUUACAACUUAUGAAAACUGUGGCAUAUUUAGGCACAUAUAUUGGAGGCAUUACAUUAACUGGAUCAUUGAUAGCUUUUGGUAAACUGCAAGGUAUUUUAAAAUCAACUCCACUGCUGUUACCGAUGCGGAAUACGUUGAAUGCUAGUUUAGUAACACUGUCUGGUGGAUGUCUUGUUGGUCUUCUUUCACUUGGUCCUGAAUCUGUGCUACCUGGGCUUGGAUUACUUAUUGGGGGAGCUGGUGUUGCUGGUGGAAUUUCUGGUUUGACUUUAACAGCUGCUAUUGGAGGUGCAGAUAUGCCGGUUGUAAUAACUGUAUUAAAUAGUUAUUCCGGUUGGGCAUUAUGUGCUGAAGGUUUUAUGCUGAAUAAUAGUUUAAUGACUGUAGUUGGUGCAUUGAUUGGUUCAAGUGGUGCAAUUUUAUCCUAUAUUAUGUGUAAAGCAAUGAAUCGUUCAUUACCCAAUGUGAUAUUGGGGGGUUAUGGAACUUCUUCAUAUUCCGGUGGAAAAUCUAUGGCUAUUACAGGUGUUCAUCGUCAGACGAAUGUUUCAUCCGUUGCUAAUUAUUUAAAUGAUUUUAAUGAAAUUAUUAUUACACCUGGUUAUGGUUUAUGUGUUGCUAAAGCACAAUAUCCAUUGGCAGAAUUGACUAAAGAAUUAAUCAAACGCGGUAAACAUGUACGUUUUGCUAUACAUCCUGUUGCUGGAAGAAUGCCAGGACAAUUAAACGUUCUUCUGGCUGAAGCUGGUGUACCAUAUGAUAUUGUUCAUGAAAUGGAUGAAAUCAAUGCUGAUUUCUCAAAAACUGAUUUAGUACUAGUAAUUGGAGCAAAUGAUACUGUUAAUUCUGCAGCUGAAGAAGAUCCCAAUUCUAUAAUAGCUGGUAUGCCUGUUCUACGUGUAUGGUUGGCUAAAAAGGUUGUUGUUGUCAAGCGAACAUUAGGCGUUGGCUAUGCGGCAGUUGAUAAUCCUAUAUUCUUUAAAGAAAAUACUGAAAUGCUAUUGGGCGAUGCAAAAACUAUUUGUGAUGAACUAUUAAAUGCGUGUCGAAAUCCAUCAUGA